GCAUCAAAGUUAGAUCUCUCCUCCAUCAUAAUCCUCCAACGAUGACAAGCAUAGCUGCAACCGGUCUCAACGUCGCGACUCCACGAGCGUUCGUUCGAACGGCGGCGCGUCUGUCCGCUCCGGUCCGUUUGAACUACCCGUGGAAAUUCAGUUCGGUGAAACGGAUGGUUAUGUCGGUUAAGGCGACAUCGGAAGGAGAGAUCAUAUCGGUUAAGGUGGAGAAGAGUAUUCAGGAGGCGAAGGAGACUUGCGCGGACGAUCCGGUGAGCGGAGAGUGUGUGGCAGCGUGGGACGAGGUGGAGGAGCUGAGUGCAGCGGCGAGUCAUGCAAGGGACAAGAAGAAGGCUGGUGGAUCGGAUCCUUUGGAAGAGUACUGCAGUGAUAAUCCUGAGACUGAUGAGUGCCGUACUUAUGAUAACUGAAACAUGUUUUUGAUGUCUGAAAAUUUAGGUACUGUCGGUUUGAUCUUUCUUUCUUGUUAUUGUCGUCGUGUUUCUCCGUUGUUUGGUACUUGUAAUGUGAUAUUGAAGAUGGUAUGAAUAUACAUAUCAAGAGAUUUAUAAGUUUA